UGGGUUUCUCGUUUCUCUGGAAAAAUCUCUCAUAAUAUAGGAAAAUAGAUGUAAUGGCACUAGUUGCAGUAAGUUCUGCUAUCAACAGUACUUUGGUGCCGUUGUUGUCAGGUGAAGUGAAAUUGUUGUGGAAUAUCCACACAGAAGUUGCCAGUAUUAAGGCUGAAUUGGAAAGCAUAAGGUCAUUCCUAAAAGAUGCAGAAUCAAGUCCAAAAUUGGAAAACGAAAGGGCAAAAAAUUGGGUGAAACAGGCAAGGGGAUUGGUUUUCCAGAUUGAGGACGUCUUGGACGAAUACGUACUUCACCUGGCAGAAAACAAGAAACGGAGUGGUUUCAUCGGUUUCCUUCGCAAACUCGCUCGCUCAAUCACUAAACUAAGGCCACAACAUGAUAUCGCCUCUCAAAUUCAAGUUAUCAAAUAGACUAUCCGUGAGAUCAAGGAAAGGGCUGAGAGGUAUGGUUUUAGUUCCUUGGAACAUGGGUCAACCAGUAAAAUAGAAGAGAAAGUAUAUGAUGACCCUCGUGUGGCAUCUCUUUUCAUUGAGGAAGAUGAAGUUGUGGGCAUUGAGUCCACCCGGGAGGAACUGAUCCACAGGCUGAUAAUCGGAGAGUCAAACCGAACGGUCACUUCACUAGUAGGUAUGGGAGGAUGUGGCAAGACCACUCUUGCCAAGACAAUUUUCGACAACCAGAAAGUGAUUAAACACUUUGAUUGCCAAGCUUGGGCAUCAGUCUCCCAAUCAUACAAGAUGGAGGACAUCUUUAGAAGAAUGAUGAAGCUGCUAUGUGAGACAAGAAAGGAGUGUGCACCUGACGGAAUCGACACGAUGGACCCAAAUUCUCUCAUUCAUAUUCUGAGAGAAUAUUUACUUAAGAAGAGGUAUUUAAUCGUGUUCGAUGACGUGUGGAGUGCAGACUUUUGGAGAAUUGUAAAUAUUGCUUUACCGAAAAACAAAAAAGGAAGUCAAAUAAUUGUCACUACACGUAGCGCAAAUGUUGCUUCUUUUUGCAAGGGAUCCUCAUCGGAUCAAGUCUGUAAGCUGGCACCCUUAGUUGAGGAGGAAACUUGGAAGCUCUUUUGCAUGAAAACAUUCGAACGAGAAUCCGGUAGUAGUUGUCCUCCCGAGUUGGAGAAAGUAUCCCAUGCCAUUGUUAGAAAGUGUGAGGGAUUACCACUUGCUAUUGUGACGAUUGGAGCUUUGUUGUCCACUAAAAGUAAAGUUGUUUCUGAAUGGCAAAGAUUCUAUAAUAGCCUUGGAUCCGAGUUAGAAAGGAAUCCCCAUCUUACAAACAUCACAAAAAUUGUGCUCCUUAGUUACCAUGAUCUACCUUACUACCUCAAACCAUGUUUCUUGUACUUUAGCAUAAUACCCGAGGACUAUCAAAUCACUCGUGAACGACUAAUUCGACUUUGGAUAGCUGAGGGGUUCAUCGAAGGACAAAAAGGAAAAACGUUGGAAGAAGUCGCAGAAGAACACUUGACUGAGCUUGUUCACAAAAGCUUGGUUCAAGUUUCGUGGAGAAAUUUUGAUGGAACGAUUAAAAGAUGUCAAGUCCAUGACGUAAUCCACGAAAUCAUCCUUGCAAAAUGUGAGGAGUUGAGUUUUUGCCAUGUUUUGAGAGAAGCAGAUCCAAGUUUGAAUGAUGAAACUCGCCGAUGGUCAAUGCAUAUGCGAAAUAUAACGAAUAAGGAUUUGGAAACCAUGAAUAGUACCAAAUCCAGAAUCCGUUCCAUUUUUCUUUUCUCUGUUGGGGAGAUUCCAAAGGAGCAGUUAUUGGGUACUCUAGCUAGGAAUUUGAAGCUUUUGAAAGUACUAGAUCUUUAAGAUGCUCCUCUUGAUGAGCUUCAUGAAGACGUGGGAAAUCUUCUUCAUUUGCGAUAUCUAAGCAUCAAGCGCACAAGAGUGAAGAUAAUCCCAAAAUCCAUUGGAAAUCUACACAACCUACAAACUUUGAAUUUGGCAUACUCACAUGUGGAUGUGAUUCGAAUUGGGAUCUUGAGUAGACUCCGUAAGUUGCGGCAUCUUAUCGGAAGAGCACUGAAGAUACAAGGAGGGAUUGGGCAUUUAGAAGAGUUGUAGACAUUGCGGGGCUUGGAGGCAAACGAUGAUUUUAUCAAAGAGCUUGAGAAUUUGAGGCAAUUGAGGAAAUUGGGUAUUUGGUCCCUGAAAAGAGAACGAGGGAACGCUCUCUGUACCGCCAUCCAGAAGAUGAAGCACCUUCAGGCUUUGAGGGUUUGGGCUGUAAACGGCAACGAGAUACUGGAUUUGCAUUCUCUUUCUUCUCCCCCCGAAUCUCUUCGGGAUCUCUAAUUGCGUGGACGUUUAGAAACGUUGCCAGACUGGAUAUCGAAAAUCGAUAAUCUAGUUUCCCUAACUCUAUAUUUUUCAGGGUUGACCGGUGCUCAUGCAAUAAAAGCUCUUGAAGCAUUACCUAAUUUGGCAGAACUUUGUUUCUGCAACGCAUAUGAUGGAGAACAAUUGUAUUUCAGCGUCGGAGGGUUUCC